CAUUUGACAAACUAGUCUCCACUUUAUGAGUCUUUCAUUUCCAAUCUGACGCCCCAAAAGGAAACUGUCUUGGUUUGUUUGUGGAUGUCUUCUUUCUCACAUCUAUGGCUGCAGCCACAUCUAACUGGCAACAUUCUUAUGGCUUGGGCCCUCGAGGUCCAAACCCGAAACUUGGUGCUGACCCGACAAAGGGACCCCAUCAGGCGGCUCCACCACCUGCAGGUCCCCCUCGUCUUGAGGAGCAGCAGCACCACAAACCAUACUUCUACAUCCAGCCGCAGCAGCCAUACCUGCCCAUGCAGGGUCUGCAGUGGCCUGUUGCUUUGCCCAUGCCUGUGUCCUACAACCCAUACUAUGGCUACCAUGGCUUAGGUUACGGCCUCCCAAUGAUGCCCCACUACCAGCCCAACCCUUACAUGGAGUCACCUGGCUUUGUUGUUCCUCACACUCACCUACAUUUGAUGGAUUACAGACGUGUUCUAAACCCCCAGCAUUACCAGACCAUGGCCUACCACACCCGCAGAUUCCGCUACCAGCACAACUCCUCACCCAAAGCGAUGACCAACUCCGAGGUUCAAACUGAGCCCCUUGAAUCGGCUCACAGGACCAGCGUCCAAAGUUCCCUCAAGAACUUAAACAACCCUUCCAGUGUCCCCACUGCGCAGCGUCUCUCACCAGUCUUGGCUGUACAAAAGGAGGAUCGUUCUUCAGAGCUUCAGGAGAAUGUACCUACUUCCAGCGCCACCAGGACUCCAUCGAAUGACAGCUUUGUGAUUCAAACAGAGGAGGUGAGGAUCGAAUGCUGCACCACGCCUGUGGGACUACAACUGCUACAUGCUCAUGAAAAUGCAGACGUGUCCCACAGCUUUUCUCAAGACGUGGUCCAAUGUAGCUCCCUUCUUCGGAGCCUGAAAGAUGAGGGGCUCAAACUUCCUGGAGACCAGGCUGAACAAGAACUCCAAGUUUGCCCUGACAUCCUGUUGGUUGGUAAAUUGAGUGCUACUGAGAAGAUCCUCACACUGGAGGAACCUGGGAACCACACAAAUCCUACACGUAAAAACUCUAGCUUAAGAUUUGAAGAGGUGCCUUGUUCCAAAGCUGAGGACACAAAUGGUGAUUUUGGUGUCACUGCAAAUAAAUUCCACCUCAAAGACAUYCACUUGCCAUUUGAUCCAAAGUAUCUGGAUGAACUUAGGAAGAUGGAGUCUGCAGUCUGGUCAGCAGAAGAAACUUUGAUUUCUUCCCCUGAAUUACUGAUCCAAAACAGCUUUGUGAAGUCRAACAGCAUCUCACAGACGGCUGCAACAGAAACAAAAGCACCAGAGGUCUUKGUGUUGAACGAGGAGGCUCCUAUAGAGAUUGUCCAGGUGAUUGAGAUGGUUCCUCUGGCUGAGGAUGAACUGGAGGUUCCUCUUGUKGAGACGAUGGGGAGUGAAAUGAUGACCUCUGAGGGUGAUAUUUGCCUCACCGCAGAAGAUUCUCCCAUGUCUGAGCUAAUGAACUCAGCAGAGGUGGUGCCUUCACCCAAUUUGGUGGCACUGGACAAUUUGCCUCUUAAAGCAGGCGGAGGUCAACAAAAGCAAGAAACAAAUGACGAUGAGAAUCAAGACACGUCAUUUGAAUCCUUGCCUGCUUCCCUCCCUUCUACCAGCUGGCUUUCUCACUUUGAUCACAGCUACUACUGCAACAAAAUGCCAUCAGCUCCUAAGAAGAACAGGCCACUGAGCAGUCACAAUUCCAAUGUGCCGAAGAGACGAAGGAAGCUGGACACGGACUAUGUAGAGCAACCUUGUAUUCGAAAGCCAAAAGAGAGGUACAAACCCAAAGGGAAGGAGGAUCGGCAAAGCUUCUCUGACCAUGAGUGCUGCAUCGGCAGAAAUUUCAAUGAGAACUUAUUCAGCCCUUACUUGUCCAAUAAGGAACGACUGUGUUCCAGAUGUAUGGCAAARCGCAGGGUGUGCACGUCUCCCGUUUCAGAGUGUGAUGGCCACAGCUCAAAGAGAAAAGCUGUUCCCUUCCAGCAGUGGAACGAUUGUCUCUUACCAACAUGUGACACAUGUAGAUCUCACACCAAGCAGCGACCGAGAAAAGACUUUCACCGAUGUGACGCGGAGGGCGACUCUUCUGGAAACAGCUCUUGCCGGACCACCCCAAAACAGAGGACCACUAAUGGCGCCGUAAAGCUUACGGAGCCUAAGAGGCCGUUGACACCCAAACAAAAUAACAGACCUUCUGCUGUAAUCUACCCAAAGCUACUGAACUGUGCGUGUGAUGACCUGCAGCACCGUUCUGUCGCUUUGGAGAGGCUGCACCACUGUCCACAUGGCAACACCAUCCGAGAAAUGGACGAGAACUGCGCCAGGCCAGUUUCCAUCAAGAACAAACGGAGGAACGCGGAUCAGAUAUACCUAACACGMAGCUGGCAAUCUGAAAAGUCAUGGACGGAUGUGAUACCCAGCCUUGAUGGUGACUGCUCACCGAGUGAACCCACAUCACAUAUUGAUCACAAAAAAGCACAAACACAAGGAUCUCUCACUAAAGACACAAGAUACUAAUUUUUAUUUUUUUCACAU